GAGUGUGCGAGCGUUGCCGCAGACGUUCGGUGAAGUAAUAGUGAAUACAGUGAUCGCCCGGCGAUUGUCGAACCUCGUUGAGCAGCUUUCGUGAACUCACGCUCCCACUUUUACCGUUAUACGUUCAUUUGGUUUUGUGAACGGACGUAGCUCACUCGCGGACUUAACAUUCCCGUGUCUUCCUUAUCUAAUUAGUUAAUUCCCGCUAAUUAGUGCGAGGGUUUCCCCUACCGUGCGUGCUGUGUUGUUGUCAUCAGUAGUUAGGGCAGUGCGUCAGUUUCGACGCGCCGCCGGCCGAAAGCCGCGUAAACAAGUUGUAAUUUGCCAGCUAGGCACCAUGCGGUCGCUAUCACAUCCAUAUGCCGCAUAAAUUUCAAUAAAAAUACACCGGUAGACAAGACAAUCUGGAAACUUAUCAAUAAUAGGAUAAAACUGUGUCUACAUAAAAGUGCUCCGAACCAAUUUUCAGUGAUAUUUUACCUUAAACAACAAUUUUGUGUGAUUGACCAAUGUUUUAAGUGAAUUUAUAUUAUCCAUGCAAACGUGAAGUGUUCAAAAUGGAUAGAAAAGUAGAUUUAAUGUCUCUCUUUGAGUCGGACUCCUGGCCGACGUCCGAUGACCUGCUGGAGAAUAUAUUCUCCUUGGAGCAGGGCUCCUUGAACUUUUUGGAGGAGGCCAUGCCGGAUUUCGGUCUGUGCGAAAACAUACCGAAACCUGAGGCGAUCAGCAGCUCUUGCUCUGACAGUGGACUGUCUAGCGACCAGGCCGAAUUCGACUUCGAGCAGCAACUUUCCCCAUUCCUGAUCCAAAAUUCCUGCGACGAGGAUGCGGGCGCUUCCCCCGUUGGCCUGGAGCCCACCAGCCCCGGCAACGUGCAAGACGUCAUCAUCCAAGACUCGAGCGACGUGUCCAACAGCUCCAGCGAAGUCGUCGACGAUGCCUUCGAUAUGCUGAACUUUGAGAAGAACGUUGUACCGGGAUUCAUCAACAAAAAUACAUUCCAAAGCCCUGGCAAGGGCAACAGAAAACGGCGCCUUUCCCAAACCCCGCAAGUCGCCGUCCAGCCUAAAGUCCAGAAGCCCACCAUCAGAAUUCCAGCGAGCACCAGCACUCCUCAGAAACCACAGCUUGUAGUGAAGGCUCAGCCGCAGAAACCCGUCAAAGUCGCCAACAUACAAGUGCUGAACCCACAAACAAAAGUUUACUCAAAACCAGUGGAGAGUGUGGCUCCCCAGAGACGCGUGAUCCGCGUGGCCCCUAUGGCCGGCAACCCGAGGUCCAUUCUCCUCCCCGUCACCAUAAAAGACAUGAAGGACCUGAAAUCCAUCAAGAUAAUCAAUGCUGCUGACCUUAAGAAUGCGUCGAACAUCAAGCUGGCCGCCGCCAACCUCCUGCAUCAGAGUAAACUACAAGACAUCAAGGUGGAAUCCCGGAGUGAUUAUGAUUAUGACCACAGCGGAAAUAAUUGUGAUGACUCGGGCAGCGAGCGUAGUGAUGACGAGGAUGACCACAAGGAAACCGUUCCUGAUGGCAAGAACGGCUAUCCGCGCCUCGUACUAACAGCUGAGGAACGAAGGCUAUUGGCCAAGGAAGGCAUCGCGCUCCCCACCAGCUAUCCCCUCACGAAACACGAGGAGAGAGAGCUGAAGAGAAUCCGCCGCAAGAUCAGGAACAAGAUCUCAGCACAAGACAGCAGGAAAAGGAAGAAGGAGUAUGUUGAUGGACUUGAGGACAGAGUCAAACAAUGUACGGCGGAAAAUCAGACCUUGAUUCGAAGGAUAAAGAUCCUACAAUCACAGAACCAAUCUUUGAGCGCUCAGCUAAAGAGAUUACAGAACGUCCUGACCGGUGUGACGGGCGGCUCGGGCAGUAAGUCUGCCCAACCAGCAACUUGCCUGCUGGUGCUGCUGCUGUCCGUGGCGCUGGUGGCGCUGCCGUCCAUGCGCGAGGAGAUGCGGCCGCGCCCGCACGACGCGCCGGCCGGCUCGCCCGCCGUCACGCGCGCGCUACUGUCCGCCGCUAACAAAAUCGCGCUCGACGAGACAGUCAUCGAUGAUGGGGAAUUCAAUAUGGAUGAGCUCAUCACCUUCAACCGCCCGCACUCCGACCACGACUACCAGGUGGUCAAGAAUGUGGAGCCGCACAAGGUGCUGGCCAACGGAUACAUCGACCUCCCCAUCGAUGAGGACUGGCCACCCAACCUCAAGAAACGUAUGAAAAAACACGAACUGGACUACGACGCCCGCGAGUACAUGCCGCCCGUCAUCAAGGAGGAAAACUACGAGAAUUUCUACAAAAUAGACAAGAAGUUCAAGACCGAAGAUGACACGGAAAUGAUUAACGACAAAGGCUUCCUCACCAACACGCUGCUGUCCACGGGCCGCAAGCUGGGCGAGCUGCUGGAGCUGAUGCCGCCCGUGCCCGUCAAGAGCGACGAGCUCGUCAUCGAGGAGAUCUCCGACUACGACUCGCGCAACACCACCGAAGUCAAGAGCUUCGUAGUCAACGGCACUCUCAAUGAAUUCUAGCUUAGCACAGAUUCUACCUAUAUUUUUAUUGCUUUACAAUUCCUUCUUUCCUUUCAGAUUUCUAUUUUACUAUUAUUUUACACAGAAUGUAUUUUUUACGAUUAUAUAGUUUCAACAAAUUAUUCCUCGCGCGUAGUUAGCUGUUUCCGAAUGGUCGUUUAGUGCGGGCUCCUUGGACCUGUACUACCCCUUGCAGUUAGCCUUAGGUUAAACAUAAUAAUUAUGUUUAUUUAGUGAGAAUGCUAUGAAUGAUUUUAUUUAGUUUUAAGUAUUAUAUAGAAAAAAGUACGCGGCCGUGUGUCAGUUUCUGGGAAUGAAAGUUGUUGAAUAUUUAUUUGAGAAAUCAAAAUUAAUAUAUAAUGAAAUCAAGAUAUAUUUUUUAUUUACGAAUCAUACUUUAUUAAGAGGUUUAGUAUAAGUUAUUUACUAAGCAUUUCUCUGUUAUGACUUGGUGCAAUUAUAUUAGUGACUGAGGUUUCAGUUUUAGCUAGAAUUUGAUUUUAAGUACUUCACUUGCAUUAGUUUUAGCUGGUUUUACCUACUUAUUGUGUAAGCGUUUAAACAAAUGGACUACAAUGACGAUUGUUGGUUCGAAAUAAAUUGUAUAAGAAA